AUGGUGACCACAAAAACUCAUGCAGUUCUUCUAGCCAGCCCUGGUAUGGGACACCUGUUUCCCACGGUCGAAUUAGGUAAACGACUUACCACUCACCACGGUUUCGACGUCACCAUCUUCGUCGUCAUAGCCACCACCGAUUCCUCCGACGCAACAAAAUCAUUACUUCAACAAACAUCCAACAUUAAUGGCUUCAACAUCAUUGUUACACCUCCCGUCGACGUCUCCGACAAAAUUGACCCUAGCGACUCACCCUUAAGUGCAAGAAUCACUUUAACUAUGAUUGAAUCCCUUCCUUUUAUUCGAUCCAAAAUCUUAUCCAUGAAGUUUCCACCAUCGGUUCUUAUCGUGGAUAUCUUCGGUACUAUGGCUUUACCCAUGGCACGUGAUCUACACAUGUCUACCUACGUUUUCAUUACCUCUAAUGCUUGGUUUUCUGCGGUUACCAUGUAUCUUCCUUUCAUCACCAAUGAAGUGUUUUCAAUGCAUGUUAAUGAUCAUAAACCGCUUUUGAUUCCGGGUUGUGAACCGGUUCGGUUUGAGGAUACACUGUUUCAUUCCCCAAGUGGACCUACUCACGAUGGUUUUGUUAGUGUUGCAAAGGAGAUAUUAUCCGCUGAUGGGAUUUUGAUGAACACGUGGCAAGAUCUGGAGCCGGGAGCAACCAAGGCUGUUAUUGAUAAUGAGAUUUUAGGACGAUUUGCGAAAGGACCGGUUUAUCCGGUUGGACCGAUUGUAAGAACAGUUGAACCGGAAGAGAAGAGUGAGAGUGAGAAUGAGAAUUUAAUUUUAAGCUGGCUUGACCGACAACCGGCUGAAUCGGUGAUUUUUCUGUCGUUCGGGAGUGGUGGGACUCUGUCGGAAGUUCAGACGAGGGAAUUGGCUUACGGGUUAGAGUUGAGUCAGCAGAGGUUUGUUUGGGUGGUGCGGCGGCCGUCGGAAGAUGAUGCAUCUGCGGCGUUUUUUGAGGCGGGGAAUGGUGGUGGUGGUUCGGCGGUGUUGGAUUAUUUGCCUGAGGGGUUUCUGAGUAGGACAAAGGAAGUUGGGUUAUGUACCCCAACAUGGGCCCCACAGACAAAGAUUUUGAAACAUCCCGCGACGGGUGGUUUCGUGACGCACUGCGGUUGGAAUUCUGUGUUGGAAAGUAUCCUUAGAGGUGUUCCAAUGGUUGCGUGGCCGCUAUAUGCAGAGCAAAAGAUGAAUGCUACUCUGCUGUCUGAUGAGCUUGGAGUGGCGGUGCGGGCGACGGCGACGGAGGGAGGUGUUAUUUUAAGGGAACAUAUCGCGGAUGUGAUUAGAAGAGUGAUGGUGGAUGAAGAAGGCAUAGCUAUGAGGGUUAAAGUUAAGGAGUAUAAGGUAAGUGGAGAGAAAGCUCUGUCUAUGAUUGGUUCUUCUCAUGAGUGGCUUUGUCAGAUGGCCAAAGAAUGUCAAGUUCAUGAGACGUUAGCUCGUAAUGCUUAG